AUGAAAUUUCACUUUGGCCAUCAGGUAGUUAUUAAUGCUCCAAUAGACGAUGUAUUUCAUAAAUUAACAUCAAUUGAUUAUCUUGAGCGAGUUAUUUAUUUAUCUGACUUAGCAUCAGACUUUAAAGUUAUUGCGAAGGAAAACGAUUAUGUCUUUAAUUAUCAAUUUUGUGAAAAUGUUUCGUCAUUCUUCGGAUUAAUUAAAAACAAAAUAACAAUUAUUGUCAAACAAACUGCUGAUCCUCAAGCGAAAACAUUAUUAUAUGAAAGUAAUGUUAACAAUGGUAUGGUGACAACUGUCAAACGACGAUCGUUUACAGCGCUGAACGAACAGAAAACACAAGUGAGUGAAACUGUUGAUGGUGAAUGUUCUUUUAUUUACCAACCAUUAGUGAAAACGAAAGGACAUCAAGCACAUUGCGAACACAUGGAAAAAUAUCAUACAUUAUUCGACAGCAUAACAGAAGAAAAGAACAAUAUAUGA